AUGGAAAAACAAGACAACAGAAAGCAGGACGGCACUCUAAAGGGGCAAAGCUCACUCCAUCAUGAGAGGCCUCCUUCACCUGUGCCCACUUGUGUGUCCAUGAAGAGUAACAAGUCAGAGGGUCGUGACAUAAACUUCCAACAUGAUGAUGUCACAGAUGGAUCAAGUGGUGAAAAGGAAGAAUGCAAACCAGAUGCCGUCAGUGAGCACUUCACCCAGGGGGACCUCAAGCACAUAUUCCAGUUGCUUGAGGAGAAGAUAAUUGACUUUCUGAAGAAUGAGCUGAAGAGAUUCAAGAAGAUUUUGAAUCCAGAUUACAGAGAAAACUUUGAGGCUAAAGAGCAGGAUGAGAGUGAUGCCAGAGAAGGGGCUCUCAAGAUUGCACUGCACUUCCUGAGGAACAUGAAGCAGAAACAUAUCGCUGACAAACUGCAAGAAAGUAAGAAAUGUUACUUUAUUUCUGAGCUGAAGAGAAAUAUCAAAAUUAAGUACCAGAGUGUGUUUGAAGGAAUACCUAAGCAAGGGAGCUCUGCUCUGCUGGAAAAGAUCUACACUGAGGUCUACAUCACAGAGGGAGGAAGUGGGAAAGUAAAUGAGGAGCAUGAAGUCAGGCAGAUUGAGUCCAUAUCCAAGAGACCAGCUGGACAGGAGACACCAAUCAAAUGCAGAGACAUCUUUCAGCCCUUACCUGGCCAAGACAAACCAAUCAGAAGUGUCAUCAUGAAGGGAGUAGCUGGAAUUGGCAAAACUGUCUCAGUUCAAAAGUACAUCCUGGACUGGGCUGAAGGAAAAGAAAACCAGGAUAUCCACUUCAUAUUUCCACUGCCUUUUCGGGAGCUCAACCCCAUGAAAGAAAAUCAUCUCUCUUUGAUGGAUCUUCUCCAAACCUUUUUCUCAGAAACGAAGCAGUUAACUUUUCUCAGCCAGGGGAAGUACAAAGUGUUGUUCAUCUUUGAUGGUCUGGAUGAAUGCAGACUCCAACUAGACUUUCAGAAAAAUGACAUUUUGACUGAAGUGACAACAGCCACUUCAUUGGAUGUACUCCUGACAAAUCUCAUCAAGGGUAACCUGCUUCCCCCUUCUCUCCUUUGGAUCACUUCUCGACCAGCAGCAGCCAAUCAAAUUCCUCCGCAGAAUGUUGACCGGGUCACAGAAGUACAAGGAUUCAGUGACCUUCAGAAAGAGGAAUACUUCAGGAAGAGAACAUGUGAUCAGACUCUUGCCAACAAAGUCAUUUCUCACAUUAAUUUAUCAAAAAGCCUCCACAUUAUGUGCCACAUACCAGUGUUCUGCUGGAUUGCUGCUACUGUGCUUGAACUUCUUCUGAAGAAUGAAAGAGGUAAGGAAGUUCCAAAGACUUUGACCGAGAUGUACACAUAUUUCCUCGUUUUUCAAACCAAACAGAAGAGUCUAAAGUUUGAUGGAGUAUAUGACAUGGAACCUCAGUGGAACCGGGCUAGUCUCCUUGCUCUUGGAAAGUUGGCCUACAACCAGCUGGAGAAGGGUAACCUGAUCUUUUAUGAAGACGACCUGAGAGAGAGUGGUAUUGAUGUCAAAGAGGCAGUAGUACACUGUGGCAUUUGCACCCAGAUUUUUCGAGAAGAGUCAGGCCUUCACCUGGAGAAGUUGUACUGUUUUGUUCAUCUGAGCAUCCAGGAGUACCUUGCAGCGUUGUAUGUGAUCCUGAUGUUAGCUGAGGGGAAAGAUCUCAUGUCCCCACAGCAACCCCCCAGAACAGUGUUUCAGCUUCUGAAAUGGCAAACAACGGAGACAUCUAUGACCACCUUACAGAAGAGUGCUGUGGAGAAAGCUUUGGAACAUGAAGAUGGGCGCUUUGAUCUGUUCCUCCGUUUCCUUCUUGGGCUCUCUCUGGAAUCCAACCAGAGACUCUUAAGAGGUCUGAUGAAGACAGUACAACAUGAAAGCAAAGAGCAAAUAGCCAGAUACAUAAAGACAAAGAUCAGGGAGAUACCAUCAUCAGAAAGAGUUCUCAACCUCUUCCACUGUCUGAAUGAAGUCAAUGAUCACUCCUUAGUGAAGGAGGUCCAGAGCUUUCUAAGUGCAGGGACACUUUCAGCAGCCAAACUCUCAUCCAGCCAGUGGUCAGCUCUUGUGUUUGUGCUUCUGACAUCAGAAGAAAGGCUGGAUGUGUUUGAUUUGAAGAAGUACAGCAGGUCUGAUGAAUGUCUCAUAAGGCUGCAGCCAGUAGUGGAGGAAUCCCAAAAGGCUCUCCUGGAUAACUGCAGUUUUGGAGAGGAAGGCUUCAGAGCUCUUGCAUCAGCACUGAGAUCAAACCCCUCACACAUGAGAGAGCUGCAGCUGAGUAGGAAUAAAGCAGGAGACUCAGGAGUGAAGCACCUUUCAUCUCUUCUGGAGGAUCCCAACUGUAAAUUGGAUAAACUAGUGCUCUCUGACUGCAGUAUCACAGAGAAGGGCUACGCUACUCUUGCAUCAGCACUGAGAUCAAACCCCUCACACAUGAGAGAGCUGCAGCUGAGUGGGAAUAAAGCAGGAGACUCAGGAGUGAAGCAUCUUUCUUCUCUUCUGGAGGAUCCCAACUGUAAACUGGAGAAACUACAGCUCUCUGACUGCAGUAUCACAGAGAAGGGCUAUGCUACUCUUGCAUCAGCACUGAGAUCAAACCCCUCACACAUGAGAGAGCUGCAGCUGAGUGGGAAUAAAGCAGGAGACUCAGGAGUGAAGCAUCUUUCUUGUCUUCUGGAGGAUCCCAACUGUAAACUGGAGAAACUACACCUGGAUAAGUGCAGUAUUGGAGAGGAAGGCUUCAGAGCUCUUGCAUCAGCACUGAGAUCAAACCCCUCACACAUGAGAGAGCUGCAGCUGAGUGAGAAUAAAGCAGGAGACUCAGGAGUGAAGCAUCUUUCUUCUCUUCUGGAGGAUGCCAACUGUAAACUAGAGAAACUCCACCUGUAUGACUGCAGUAUUGGAGAGAAAGGCUUCAGAGCUCUUGCAUCAGCACUGAGAUCAAACCCCUCACACAUGGGAGAGCUGCAGCUGAGUGGGAAUAAAGCAGGAGACUCAGGAGUGAAGCAUCUUUCUUCUCUUCUGGAGGAUCCCAACUGUAAACUGGAGAAACUACACCUGAAUAACUGCAGUAUCGGAGAGGAAGGCUUCAGAGCUCUUGCAUCAGCACUGAGAUCAAACCCCGAACACAUGAGAGAGCUGCAGCUGUAUUGGAAUGAAGCAGGAGACUCAGGAGUGAAGCAUCUUUCUUCUUUACUGGAGGAUCCCAACUGUAAACUGGAGAAACUACACUUGCGGUACAGCAGUAUUGGAGAGGAAGGCUUCAGAGCUCUUUCAUCAGCACUGAGAUCAAACCCCUCACACAUGAAAGAGCUGUGGCUGAGUGGGAAUAAAGCAGGAGACUCAGGAGUGAAGCAUCUUUCUUCUCUUCUGGAGGAUCCCAACUGUAAGCUGGAGAAACUAUACCUGGAUAACUGCAGUAUUGGAGAGGAAGGCUUCAGAGCUCUUGCAUCAGCACUGAAAUCAAACCCCUCACACAUGAGAGAGCUGCGGCUGAAUAGGAAUAAAGCAGGAGACUCAGGAGUGAAGCAUCUUCCUUCUCUUUUGGAGGAUCUUAACUGUAAGCUGAAGAAACUAGAGCUCUCUGACUGCAGUAUCACGGAGAAGGGCUAUGCUAGUCUGGCUUCAGCACUGAGGUUAAAUCCCAAAUACCUCAUAGAGCUUGAUCUCAGAGGAAAUGAUCCAGGGAAAUCUGGAGUCAAACUGUUUUUAGACCUGAAGGAGGAUCCACAGGGUACACUGAGAAACAUCCAGUUCCUGAAGAGUAGUGCUGCUGAGGAAGCCUGUGCUGCUGUGGCUUCAGCUGUGGGUUCAAACCCCUUACUCAUGACUCAGCUGGAUCUGAGUGAGUACAUACCAGGAGUCUUGGGAGUGACUCAGCUGCUCUCUGACUGCAGUAUCACGGAGAAGGGCUAUGCUAGUCUGGCUUCAGCACUGAGGUUAAAUCCCAAAUACCUCAGAGAGCUUGAUCUCAGAGGAAAUGAUCCAGGGAAAUCUGGAGUCAAACUGUUUUUAGACCUGAAGGAGGAUCCACAGGGUACACUGAGAAACAUCCAGUUCCUGAAGAGUAGUGCUGCUGAGGAAGCCUGUGCUGCUGUGGCUUCAGCUGUGGGUUCAAACCCCUUACUCAUGACUGAGCUGGAUCUGAGUGAGCACAUACCAGGAGUCUUGGGAGUGACUCAGCUGCUCUCUGACUGCAGUAUCACAGAGAAGGGCUAUGCUAGUCUGGCUUCAGCACUGAGGUUAAAUCCCAAAUACCUCAGAGAGCUUGAUCUCAGAGGAAAUGAUCCAGGCAAAUCUGGAGUCAAACUGUUUAUAGACCUAAAGGAGGAUCCACAGUGUACACUGAGGAACAUCCAGUUCCUGAAGAGUAGUGCUGCUGAGGAAGCCUGUGCUGCUGUGGCUUCAGCUGUGGGUUCAAACCCCUUACUCAUGACUGAGCUGCAUCUGAGUGGACGCAUACCAGGAGUCUUGGGAGUGACUCAGCUGCUAUCUGACUGCAGUAUCACGGAGAAGGGCUAUGCUAGUCUGGCUUCAGCACUGAGGUUAAAUCCCAAAUACCUCAGAGAGCUUGAUCUCAGAGGAAAUGAUCCAGGGAAAUCUGGAGUCAAACUGUUUUUAGACCUGAAGGAGGGUCCACAGGGUACACUGAGAAACAUCCAGUUCCUGAAGAGUAGUGCUGCUGAGGAAGCCUGUGCUGCUGUGGCUUCAGCUGUGGGUUCAAACCCCUUACUCAUGACUCAGCUGGAUCUGAGUGAGCACAUACCAGGAGUCUUGGGAGUGACUCAGCUGCUCUCUGACUGCAGUAUCACAGAGAAGGGCUAUGCUAGUCUGGCUUCAGCACUGAGGUUAAAUCCCAAAUACCUCAUAGAGCUUGAUCUCAGAGGAAAUGAUCCAGGGAAAUCUGGAGUCAAACUGUUUAUAGACCUAAAGGAGGAUCCACAGUGUACACUGAGGAACAUCCAGUUCCUGAAGAGUAGUGCUGCUGAGGAAGCCUGUGCUGCUGUGGCUUCAGCUGUGGGUUCAAACCCCUUACUCAUGACUGAGCUGGAUCUGAGUGGACGCAUACCAGGAGUCUUCGGAGUGACUCAGCUGCUCUCUGACUGCAGUAUCACGGAGAAGGGCUAUGCUAGUCUGGCUUCAGCCCUGAGGUUAAAUCCCAAAUACCUCAGAGAGCUUGAUCUCAGAGGAAAUGAUCCAGGGAAAUCUGGAGUCAAACUGUUUUUAGACCUGAAGGAGGAUCCACAGUGUACACUGAGAAACAUCCAGUUCCUGAAGAGUAGUGCUGCUGAGGAAGCCUGUGCUGCUGUGGCUUCAGCUGUGGGUUCAAACCCCUUACUCAUGACUGAGCUGGAUCUGAGUGAGCACAUACCAGGAGUCUUGGGAGUGACUCAGCUCCUGGCAUACUGCAGUAUAACAGAUGAAGGUUUCAGAGCUUUAGCAUCAGCACUGAGAUCAAACCCAUCACCCCUCAGAGAGCUCCUUCUGUAUGGGAAUCAGCUUGGACCCUCAGCACAGCAGCUGCUCUCUGAACUGAAGAAACAUCCAAACUGUAAACAUAUAAAAAUACUUGGACUCUAA